CACCCCUUAUCCCCGGACGUUAAAUCCAGGAUAGAAGCUGAUGAGCUACCAAGGUACAAGCCAGCGGGCCGGACCCGAGUUCAACGCCACCCGCCUUACAUCCGUACAUCCGACAGCGUCGCGCAUAUAGGGGGGGUACCUAAUCCAAAACUCCGAACAAGGCAGGUCGAUUCUUCCACCCCCUUUCCAUCCCUUUUUAUUCACAUCAUGGUUGCCUUUGAUCCUUCACGCCUGGGCGUGAACUUCACCUCCCAGACCCACAGCGACACAUAUGCCCAGAUUGAUCCUUCCGGCAUUACCCCCGCGCCAUGCAUCGGAAGGACAGUCCUCGUUACCGGCGCCGCCAAAGGCAUUGGUCGAGCUAUUGUUGCGUCUUACGCCAAGGCGGGGGCCAAUCGCAUCGCCAUCACCGCCCGCGGGGACGUAUCCGCCACCCAUGCCGAGGCCCUCCAAGCAGCUGCAAAGGCGGGAAGAGACAACGUUGAAUUUCUUAUCCUCCGGCUGGACGUCAACAACCAUGACACCAUCGAGGCAUGCGCCCAGGAGCUGGCCUCUAGGUGGGGGCACAUUGACAUUCUUGUCAACAAUGCGGGAUACCUGGCACCAUUUGUGCCAUUGGGCGAAGGGGACAAGGAUGACUGGUGGUUGACGUGGGAGGUCAACGUGCGUGGUGUCUACUGGGUCAUUCGUGCGCUUCUACCUCUUAUCCUGAAGAGCAAGGACAAGACGAUUGUCAAUCUCACCUCGGUCGGAGCCCUGGCGCUGACCCCCGGUGCGAGUGCCUAUCAGCCGUCUAAGCUGGCGGUUCUGCGUUUGUCCGAGUAUCUGAUGGUGGAUUACGAGUCCAGGGGCCUGCUGGUGUACUCUGUUCACCCGGCGUCAGCGGCGACUGAUCUCGCUAACAAUAUGCCAGCAGAAAUCGUUCAAGCUGUGUGUCAUGAUACUCCUGAGCUGGCCGGUGAUAGCAUUGUGUUUCUGACCAGCGAGCGACGGGAGUGGUUGGCUGGGAGAUAUAUCAGCUGCGCUUGGGAUAUGCCUGAGCUGAUGGCCAGGAGAAAGGAAAUCGUAGAGAAGGAUCUAUUGAAACUUCAGGUCCGGUUUCAAUGAAGUUAUCUAGCCGAGGCCAAGCUUUUAUUAGGCUUCUUGGCGUGAAGCUUGUUUGAGAGAUGGGGUUGAAUCGCGUUGGGUCCACUGCGGGAAUACACAAUUUCUACCCACUUGUCCCACAAAGAGGGGAUCUCACGAUGUAAACAAUGAGGGUUGUUGCCUACAUAGUUUACGAUUGCAUCGCUUCUGGUACCGUGCAUCUUUUACGUCA